AUUCUUUUCUCUAUCAGGCUUAUAUAGAAAGAAAGAUUUUUAAAGCUUACUAUAUGGCUAAGUAACGCCGUGAUCAGAACUUUUGGUACACCCUAAGUAAAAUGAUAUCUCUGUAGAGUUGGAUGUUGAAGCGGAAUUGAAUCGAUUUCCGUUAGUUUGCGUCCUUGACUUUGCGUUAGUUAGAAUUAGAGUAAUUAUCGCUGGCGGAUACUUGUGAGCAUUCGUGCCAGAGAAAGUUUUGAUGCCGCAUAUGAUGAAGAUUUAGGUUUUUUCACUAGGCAAUUUCAUUUGGAAGUAUUGAUUUUUCUCCAAAAUGUAAAUAGAUGGCGUUGAAAGACAUACUAGAAGUGACAAAUGUGUACUGCGUAUCGUGUAUUUGUAGGUUCUCGUGGUGUUUUCUUUUCGAGCAUAAGGCGGCAGUACAUACCUUAUACAUUGUGUGUUGAUGAUAGCGUUGAGAUCUCAGGUUGUAUAGAGGAAAGGAAACAAUGAAAUAGGAAUAUAUUCUUUCAUAUAAUCGGAAUGUAUAAGCUGUACCAUAGCGGCAAAAAUGAAGAUCAUGAAAAGUAAAGAAUGAGGACAUAUCAUUUUCCCCAAUGGUGCAAUUAGAGGAAGUGAAGGAAGGAUUUGGGAAUUUAUUUUUUAGAAAAGAUAGUAAGUUCAUUGUUUUAUGACUAUAGUAUGACGGAUCAUUCGUCAGUACAUGGCAGGAAUUAAGUCACUGUUUUUGCCAAUACAAUGGAAUAAAAGUAUGCAUAUACGUUAUGAGAGUGGAUUGGAUUGGUUUUCAUCGUGAGUAAAGACGAGUUUUCAAAAGUUUUAGAAAUAUUGAAUGAACUGCUUUAAUUGAUUAGAUGGCACCAGAUGAGACGUGAAAGAAUCAGAUAGGUUAAUAUGGAUAAUUUUCCUCACGGUUCCUGAGAUUGGUUGCUUUUUAAGAAGCUAGGAUUGAGUAAUUUAUCUCAUCAUCCACGAUCCUGAAAUAAUGACUCUUUCUGAAGAAUAUAGAAAGCGAAACCUGGCCAUCAGAAUCAGUUUCCAUUUAUCGAAGAAUUUUUCAAUAACAUAGGAAACAAUUUAACUCAGAAAUCGGUCAUCUAAAAGACAAGAAAUAAAAAACGAAGAUGAUCAAUUGGAGAAGUGCGAGAUUAGAUAAAUUUAUUCUUCGUUUAUAAUACUUUGACAAUUAUUCGCUUUACAUCAAAUAUUCAAAGAUAUUCUUGACUAUUUCCUAUCAUUCAUGCAGCUGCGUAUAUGUCAUGAUUUCCUUCCGUCGAACUUGAUGUAACAUUUAUUUCCAAAGAUAAUUAUCUGUGCUUUUCUCUGUAGGUUUACCACCAUACUUGGAUAUACAACCUGGUACGAUCGUUGGCGUUUGGAAUACAUUUGCAGGUGAUAAUAAUACAUUAGCUAUAGAAGGUACUACUGGUGCUGGAACUUAUUUUACUGAUCAGACUCCAGCUAAUCUAAUCGAUCAUAGUCUUGGCACAAGAUACAGUAGUCGAGGUAGUCCUGGUUUCGGAAACAAUUCAUUAGCUGGACUCAAUACAGGUUUUUAUGCCACAGUUGCCCAAUGCCAGCCAACAUUGGAAGGAUUUCGUUUGGGAAAUUCUUAUCCCUAUUCUGAUCGGGAGCCACUUACUGUAACAGUUGAAGGCACUAACUGUGAUGAUCUAGUCAACUGUGUCAAUUGGUCAUUACUCUACAAUGGAUCAACAGGCUUGUAUAUCCAAAUGAAUAAUCUAGCAUAUGGUGAUUAUCAAUCAAUCUUCAAUACUAUUUCAUAUAAAAGCUAUCGUUUUCUGAUAACAAGCAAACGAAGCAUAAGUGUAUUUGUUAGUUAUGGUGAAAUACAACUCUUUGGCUAUUCAACUCAAACUUCGACUAGUCAAAAUGAAACAUCUUCAAAUACGUCACUGGUCAUACAAUCCGGAUCUGUAGAAGCUCUAUGGAAUACAUUUGCAGGUGGCAUGAGUUACAUAGCUACGGAAAAUUCAUCAGGUGCUGGAACUUAUUAUAUCGGCCAGGGACCUACUAAUUUAUUUGAUAAUAAAACUACUUCAAAAUAUACUAGUCGAGGCAAUUCAAGUUCAGGAAGCAAUGCAAUUGCUGGUCUUAAUACGGGUUUCCAUGUUACUAUCGCUCGAUGUCAACCUACAUUGAGUCAAUUUCGUUUCGCCACUGGUGACACUGGAGCUGAAAGAGAUCCAAUCAUGAUUACUGUUGAAGGAACCAACUGUCUUACUUUGAUUAAUUGCACUAGUUGGACUCUUCUUUAUAAUGAUACUAGUGGUUUAGAAAAUGUCUUGGAUCGGUCUACCUAUGGAUCAUAUAAGUCGAUUCCAUCACCUCAAAGCUUCGCUAGUUAUCGUUUUCUAGUCACUUCUAAACGCAAUGCUACCAACAGCAUCUUUGUUUCGUACAGCGAAGUUGAACUCUAUGGCUAUUAA